AUGCUCUUUCAUUUUUGUGAAACUAUUUCAAGAAAUUCUUAAAUAAACAGAAAGAUGAAUCAUUUUUCAAUAUAAUAAUUAAUGAUUUAAAAUUCAACCACCACUCCUCCAAAUGAAGACUCAUUUCGUAAGCCAAUCAUACAAAUUAUGACUCAAAUCAACCAAUAAUAAAUGAGAGUACGCAAUCCUUCUUAGGAAAGUCGUAAAGCAUAAAUUGACAGUCAUUAAAUUAAAAUUACUAAUUAAAAAUCUCCUACUGUAACUCAGAUCAGUGUAUAGUUAGCUUCUGAUAGGAUAUCUCCUAAUAAUCAAAAAGAUUUACUUCUUAUUAAUGAAGAACCAAACAAUAAAGAAGACUCAUAAAGUAUUAUCAAGAAAUCAAAUGAUUGCGAAUUACUGUAUCGAAAAUCCAAUUUAAAUAAAUCAAAUACACUUCAUUCAUCAUUAAAGUUAUUGUACUUUUCAAGAUCAAAUUUGUUCAAAUAAUAAAUGUUAACGAAAUAACAAUUUAAAAUUAUUCAUGACUUAUCUUCAGUCUAUAUCAUUCCUAUAAAACAAUAAAUUCUAAAUCGAAUAAAAUAAGAUUCUAUUCUUAAAUAAGUAAUCUAUAGUAUCUAUAUAUGCUUUUUAAUCUUUUAUUUGACUAUUUUAUUAAUAGAAUUGGGCUGUAAUAAAUUAACAAUAUGUAAUUAAUAGAUUUUCCAUUAUUUAUUAGUCAUAUUUUAAUUAAUUGAUUGUGCUUAUCAUAUUAUAAUCAAUAAAUUGUGUAUAGGAAGUAUGUUUGCAGAUAUAGUAACAAUAUUACCAUUUUUUGCAUUUUUAAUGGAUUUAGGUGAUGCAUAGAAUAUAUUUUAUAUGCUGUAUCUAAUAAGAAUCUAAAAAAUUACUGAUUAUAUUCAAAACUUAAUUUUUUAUUUAAAUUAAUCUGAUUAGAUUUUUAUUAUUGAGACAACAAUUUAACUUCAUUUUAGUACAUUUAUUGCUUAAACUAUUAUAUAUAUGUUUGCUGAAUAACAAUAAGACUAUAUUAAUUAUAUUCAAAGCAUAUUCACUGUAUUAUUUCAGAAUCCCAAAAUAAUAAAACAAUAUUAUUUUAUUGUAUAUUUGAUAAGAACACUUUUAUUGAUCUUUUACUUGUACAAAAUUAGAUAGAUAAUAAAUUAUCAUACACUUUCAUUGGAUGAAUAGAUAAAUUAUGCUCCUAAAACUUUGAAAUCUAUAAUCAAUUAUUAAUAAGAUAAUAGAUCUAUAAAAUUUGAUAUGAAAAGUUUACCAAUACAUUUACAAUAAUAAAUGAAAAGAGAAAAAUACUUUAAAAUACUAUAAAAUAUUCCUAUCUUUUAAAAAUCAUUUUCUAAUUCAACCUUAUUGAAUUUGUGUGAAAUUAUAGAGGAAGAUAUUUUAUAACCAAAUAAAGUGAUUUAAUAGAAACAAUGUCUUCAUAUUCUUUUAGAAGGACAAAUUGGAAUUGUUUAAAAAUGUUAAUCCUCAUAGAAAGAAUUCAAAUUGGCAAAAAUUUAUAAUACAUUUUAAAUCUUCAAUAACAUAGCUUUUUUUAAGAAUUAAAUAUAAGGAAUAGAAUUCAAAAGUAUUGGAUAUUCAAAAAUAGCUACUCUAGAUUCAUAUCAAUUUCAAAAAUUAAUAAGAUAAUGUCCUAGAGAAUUCUAAAAAUAUAGAAUGCUUAUUGACACUCUUAUGAUUGAAAAUCAAUCUCAUUUAAUAAAUAUUUAAUGUUUUAGUUGUCUUAAGGAACAUGAUAUUACUGAAUGUCCUAUAGUAAAUUAUAAACCUAAUAAAGCCUAAGUCAUUAAUAAUUAUAUGUUAAAUAAAGAUUAAAAUAGAAUUAUUGAUUUUAGAAGAGUAAAUAUCUUUAUUAUUUAAUUAGUAAACACAUCCAAAGAAGAGAAAGAUUCUUGCUUAAAUUGAUUUAAAAGAAGAUUCUGAAUCAUUAAACUCUGAAGAAUACGAUAAAGUUGAAUCAUUUUAAAAGGUUUUACCAUCUUCCAACUCAUUAUAAAGUUAGAACAAUAAUAAUUUUAUAAAUUAAUUAGAAAUAAGUUCUGUUCCUUAUGUUAAUUAUUCACAUAGUGGUUAAACCUUAUAAUCAAAGAAAAUUGAUUCAGAAUUCUUUAUAUAAUCUUAAGGAGUGAGUAGCAGUAUUAGUAGUAGAAAAAUCUUUGUUAAUGAAAUCAAAGAAAUCGCACAAUCUAAAUUUUAAAGACUUGAUUAAACAGAAGAUCAAGGAUCUUAAUUAAAUAAUCAAGCUUUACAAAGAGUAUAAGACAGUGUCUUACAAACAAAGAAAAGAUUUAAUUAAAAUGCAUUAAAAAAGGAUGAAUUAUAGUAAUUUUAAAGAUAUCAAACUGAUAUCAAAUCUGAAUAAAAAAAUAGAGAUUAAAGAAAGAAUCAAACAAUGGUUAAUAGUCGGAUAGAAAUUCAAGAUAAUUUUAAUAGAAGAAUAUCAAUAGAGAACAAUUUUUUAGAAUUUUUUGACAAAAUCAAUUCAUAUGAGGAUUAUUUUCCCCAUUAUAAUGUUGAUUAACAAAUUAACAACUAUUAAAAGAUGUAAUCUUUAAAAAAAGAUUUUAAUUGA